CAUUCAUGCAAAGUAAUGGAACGGAUUCCGAGGAGCUUUUUAGCACUUUUGGGCUUUGGAUUGCUCCGCCUCAGUCACUUCACUCCCCUCUCUCUCUCCCUUUCGAGCUUUCAGGUAUUUCUCUCUCGUUUUCGCAUUGCAUUUCCACCUCUGUUCGUCUCGUUUUUGUGGCGGUACUCGUCCGCCGGGGGAUGAUCGCCACCGGUUGAGUUCCUCUUGUGGUUAAUCAGGAGGAUGAUUGUUUUUGUAAUGGCGACGGUUAAUUGUUGAUUGGUCUUGUUUGUUUUCAGCUCAAAUUAUAGGAGUGGAGCAGUGAAAAUCAGCUACAUGACGAUGACCUUGCUUUUCGUGUCAUUUUCGAUUUUUUGCUGAAUUUCUAUAAUCGAUUUGUUUUUCUUGGUGGAAAUUGUUAAAGCGGCUCUGCUGUUUGGGUGGCGAUAAAGGAUGGUUAAAAGACGUUUAUAUGAAUUCAAGCAUCCAUUCAAUGAUUACCCUUUCGAGGCGAUAUGCUGUGGUUCUUGGCAAGCUGCAGAGAAAAUAAGAAUUAGGAAUGGUUCAAUCACCCUUCAUUUAGUGAAUGAUCAGUUCAUGAUUCUGGAAAGAGGUCCUUACACAGACUUCCGCAUUAGGUCGAGACAAGCGACUUCAUCUGACUGCACCUGUUUUCUACGACCUGGUGUUGAUAUUUGUGUCCUCUCUUCCUCUCGCAGCACGGAGAAUACUGAUGUGCAAGGUUCAGAGCCUGUGUGGAUCGAUGCUAAAAUAAGCUCAAUUGAGCGGAAGCCUCAUGAUUCUGGGUGUUCAUGCCAGUUUUAUGUCCAGUUAUAUGCUGCUGAUAAAAAACCCCUUGGUUCAGAGAAGGGAUCGCUUUGUAAAGAAAUCAUAGCAAUGGGAAUUGAUCAGAUCUUUGUACUUCAAAAGGUUAGGAAACACUUCUGUGAAGGUCAACACUACCGAUGGGAUUUCUCUGAGGACUGCGCUCUGUUGCCAAAAACGAAACUGCUUCUGGGAAAAUUUCUGUCCGAUCUUUCUUGGUUAGUAGUAACAUCAGCAUUGAAACAUGUCACUUUUGAUGUAAGAUCAGUGGAUAACAAGAUCUUGUACCAAGUGUUGGAAAGUAAUCAGAAGGGCACUUCAGUAGCUUCUGACAAGAUUUUAAACGUUGUAAACUUUAGAAAUGAUGAAGGUAUGUUUAUUCCAAUAAUACAUCAGCUAAAUUCAUCUGAUAGGAUUGAGAUGUCUCCUGCAGAUGAUGCAUUUGACAGUCAAUUGCACUCAUUUACUGAUCUUAUGGACUUGAGGCGUUCAAAACGCCGUAAUGUCCAACCCGAUCGUUUUCUUGGCUGUGAUAGUAUCAAUGAAUCAGAAAUUGACUACAGCGGAACCAGGAUAUAUAAAACAGAGCAAUUGAAUGAUGAUGAUGAGAUGACAUUACCACUUGCUUACCUGUUUGCCACGAAUGCAGGUCCUUCAAAAGUAAAGAUGGAAAAUGAAAGCAACAAUCAUUUCAAUCAAUUGAGUGUACGUGAUGAUCUCUCUGAUUUCAAGAGCAGACUAAGAUCAUUGGAAAUGAGUGAUGAAGUAGAAGAUAAAAAUCAACUUGCUAUAGUUCCUGUAAUUGAUGAACAGCCAAUAGCAUCUGAUCCAUAUCCUGAUGAUGCCAAUGGUUGUGGUAACUUUACGAAACAGAUUACUGAAAUGUCAGCUAGGUAUUACUACAUUAACAAUAAACGCAAAGUCCGGAAAAGAAACUCUUCAGACUUUGAAGACGAGAACUUUGAGAAUGGUAGCUGGGGAAAGGCUUUGAGUAGUAAAGGUAGGAAGACCAGGUAUCAUUCCAUAUGUUAUAAAGAGGAUGGUUCUCCUAAAGAAAGAACUUGGCAGAAACGGUCCUUAGGUGCAGGUGCAUACAAGGAUUUGAUCAAUUCCUUCCUGAAGAAUAUUGACUCAACAAUUCAAAAAGAAGAGCCACAGAUAAUUGAUCAAUGGAAAGAAUUUAAGAACAAAACUUCCUUGGAUAAGAGGAACGAGAUGGAACUGCCCUCUAAUGAGGAGAAGGAAGAAAACUCUGAGAUUGAAAUGCUGUGGAGAGAGAUGGAAAUAUCCCUUGCCUCAAGUUACCUUAUUGAUGCUAACCAGGGUUUUAGUAAUGGAACAUCAGUGGAGCCCGAACAGAAAGAAAGCAAAUGGUGCCAGCAUGAGUUCAAGUUGAAUGAAGAGAUAGGGAUGCUCUGCCAUAUAUGUGGCUUUGUGAGCACUGAAAUUAAAGAUGUCUCAGCACCAUUUAUGCAACACAUGAGCUGGAAUUCCGAAGAGCGGAGGAUUGAAGAAAAAGAUGAGCACAAUACUGACGAUGAGGAGGAGAUGAAUAUUUUCUGUGGCCUGCCUUCUUCUGAUGGUACCUUAUCGGAAGAAAAUGACAAUGUCUGGGCCUUGAUCCCUGAAUUCAGAAGGAAAUUACAUCUCCACCAAAAAAAAGCAUUCGAGUUCCUGUGGAAAAAUGUUGCUGGUUCUAUGGUUCCAGCUCUCAUGGAUCAAGCAUCUCGUAAAAUAGGUGGUUGUGUGAUAUCCCAUACACCAGGAGCUGGAAAAACCUUUCUGAUCAUCUCAUUCCUCGUUAGUUACUUGAAACUGUUUCCAGGGAAAAGGCCCCUUGUCCUUGCUCCAAAGACUACUCUUUAUACAUGGUAUAAGGAAUUUAUUAAGUGGGAAGUUCCAGUACCAAUUCAUCUAAUACAUGGUCGUAGAACCUACCGAGUUUUCCGGUCGAACUCAAAACCAGUCACGUUUGCUGGAGGUCCAAGGCCGACAGAUGAUGUCAUGCACAUCUUGGAUUGCUUGGAAAAGAUAAAGAAGUGGCAUGCACAUCCAAGUGUUCUUGUUAUGGGCUAUACAUCAUUUCUUACAUUAAUGAGGGAAGAUGCAAAAUUUGCUCACAGAAAGUAUAUGGCCAAAGUUUUGCGCCAAAGCCCCGGUAUCCUAAUAUUGGACGAGGGGCAUAACCCCAGGAGUACUAAGUCCAGGCUGAGGAAGGUUUUGAUGAAAGUUGAAACAGACCUCAGAAUACUCCUCUCAGGUACCUUGUUUCAAAAUAAUUUCUGUGAAUAUUUCAAUACUCUUUGUUUGGCAAGACCUAGGUUUGUGAAUGAAGUGUUGAAGAAACUAGAUCCCAAAUUCAAGAGGAAAAAAAGAAAAGCUCCACACCUGCAGGAAGCUCGGGCAAGGAAAUUCUUUUUAGAUAAGAUAGCUCGGAAAAUCGAUGCAGGUGAUGGAGAAGAGAGGCAGGAAGGUCUGAACAUGCUAAGAAAUAUGACAAGUGCGUUUAUUGAUGUUUAUGAAGGUGGAAGUAAGGAUGGCCUUCCUGGUUUACAAAUUUACACCUUACUAAUGAACACAACUGACAUACAGCAACAAAUUUUGAAUAAACUUCAUAAGAUAAUGGCUAAAUACCCUGGAUAUCCCCUUGAGUUAGAGCUCCUCAUAACUCUUGGUUCAAUCCAUCCUUGGUUAGUAAAAACUGCGGUUUGUGCUAGCAAAUUUUUCAGUGAGAGGGAUCUGAUGGAACUAGAAGGAUACAAAUUUGAUUUGAGGAAAGGUUCAAAGGUGAUGUUUGUUCUGAAUCUUGUGUACCGUGUCGUCAAGAAGGAAAAAAUUCUAAUCUUCUGCCACAACAUUGCACCCGUCAAACUAUUCAUAGAGCUGUUUGAGAACGUAUUUAGGUGGAAGAGAGGCCGAGAAAUCUUGGCCCUCACAGGGGACCUUGAGCUAUUCGAACGAGGAAAAGUGAUGGAUAAGUUUGAAGAUCCCUUAGGGCCAUCCAAAGUCUUGCUUGCUUCAAUUACUGCUUGCGCAGAAGGCAUUAGUUUGACUGCAGCUUCACGAGUCAUCUUACUAGACUCCGAGUGGAAUCCUUCGAAGACAAAGCAGGCCAUCGCUCGAGCUUUCCGUCCAGGCCAGCUUAAGGUGGUCUAUGUCUAUCAACUACUGGUAACUGGCACAUUGGAAGAGGACAAGCACAAGAGAACUACAUGGAAGGAAUGGGUGUCAAGUAUGAUUUUCAGUGAGGCGUUUGUGGAGGAUCCUUCUAAAUGGCAAGCAGAAAAGAUUGAAGAUGAAGUUCUUAGGGAGAUGGUGGAGGAAGAUAGAGUCAAAUCGUUUCAUAUGAUUAUGAAAAACGAGAAGGCUUCUACUGUGAUCAGAGAGAAGGAUUAGCCUCACAAUAUCCUGGUAAGUUAUCUCUCUUCUUCUCUGUCUCAUAUCAUAUCAUAUGUAUGAAUAAUGACUGCUUCCUCUCCUCUCAUGUUUAUUAAAUAGAUGUUUGUAUAAUAAGAUGAAAAUUGUGUUAUUCUUUACCAAUAAUCAUCUGUUGUGCAAUUUUGAACUUUAGUGGAAUUAACUGCAUAGUUGUGACUUGAUGAACUAUUUUCUCAACCAUUUUGCUUAUAACAAGCUGCUGAUCUUGGAAA